AUGACUGCCAGCUGGCGUCGCUCGAGAGCCCUGACUGCCCAAUAUGAGAAGAGACUUAGCAAACAACUUAAGGCGUCUGAGGACAAACACGCUGAGGAACUUAAAGCAUCCGAGGCCAAACACGUUGAGGAGCUUAAGAUGGUUGAGGAGAAAUACACCGAGAAGCUCGAGGCAGCCGAGAAGAAAAACCCCGAACUGCUCGAACAGAAGGCUAAGUUGGCCGAAGAGCUGAGACAGCACCAGGCUACUUUACUCAAAGUCAUCGAAACUAAAGAGAAGUAUAAGGAGCCUUCUUUGCUUAAUUUCAAGGAAGCCUCUAAGCUUCAAGAUGAUUUGAUCAUCAGCAUAAAGGAGACUGAGGGGCUGGAGGAGCGCAUCAAAGAGCUCGAGGAUACCAAUGCCAGCAACUUGGAGAGGUAUAAGGGUGCCACCUUCAAUUGUUUCUACGCGUUCUGGAAGCAUAACCGCGAGGCAGAUUUCAGCUAUCUCUUCGAUCGCCUAAGGCAAUCUGAAAUAAAUAGGUGCCUUGCUUGCCUUGAGGAAGAGGAGAGAGCGAAAAUCCCAGCCUCCCCCGAAAUCUCCUUGGCUACGGGCAUUGAUGGCGUGGAAGAGGAAAUUGGGGCCUCCGUCGACCAGCAAACUCCUCAAGACCCUCCUGUUUCAUAA